ACAACAAAACUCAAUGGAAAUAUAGUAGAAACCGAACGGGACUAGCGUCGCCAUCAAAACCCAAAAAGAAAGUUCUCUUAAAAAAAACUGAUAAAGAGAGAAGCUUCAAAAGGUUUCAACUAUCCUCCUCCUCCUAACACCGUUAUUUGAGAGAUUCUCCGCCUCAGCAUGAUAUAAUAUAUUCUCUUGAAAAAACAUGUCUUUCUCUCUGUUCCUUUCCUUUCAGAAGCUAAGCAUCUCCUCUUUUUCCUUUUCUUUCACAUUUUUUUUGCCCGAUCUCUUCUGCAAAGAUUCUCUCUUUCUUUGUUCUCUUUUCAUACAUGUUUUUAUUCUCUAAUAACUAUUAGUGACUUAUAACUUCUUCAUCCUCUCUUCUCUUCUUCCUCCUUCUCUUCUUUUCUUUUCUUUGCUUCUCUCUCCAGGCCGUCGUUUUAGCUUCACUCACACGUAUUCAAGGAUAUAUAAACACGUGUGGGACAUUCUUCAUCCUCAUGGAUUCUUCUUCAUAUGGUGUUUCUCAUGUCAGCCAUAUCUCCAACCCUUGUAUCUUCGGGGCCGGGUCGUCGUCUUCGCCAGAGAAGAAAUGGAACUUGAUGAAAUGGGUGAGUAAGCUUUUCAAGAGUGGCUCUAAUGGUGGUGGUGGUGCUCGCACUAAUCAUCAUCCUCCUCAGUUUCAAGAGGACGAGAAUAUGGUUUUUCCUCUGCCUCCUUCCUCUUCGAACGAUCGGUCGAGAGCCGCACGGGACAAAGAAGAACUCGAUCGUGCAUUGUCAGUUUCUCUAGCUGACGAUACGAAUCGACCCUAUGGAUAUGGUUGGUCUAUGGAUAAUAAUUCGGAUUUCCCUAGGCCUUUUCACAGUGGAUUGAAUCCAUCUUUCAUUCCACCUUAUGAACCGUCCUAUCAAGUCAGACGACCACAAAGCAGAAUAUGUGGCGGUUGCAAUAGCGAUAUUGGUCUGGGGAACUAUUUGGGAUGCAUGGGAACAUUCUUUCAUCCUGAUUGCUUCUGUUGUGAUUCAUGUCAUUACCCUAUCACUGAGCACGAGUUCUCUCUAUCAGGAACCAAACCCUAUCAUAAGAUUUGUUUCAAAGAGCUUACUCAUCCUAAAUGUGAAGUUUGUCAUCAUUUUAUCCCAACUAACGAGGCUGGCUUGAUCGAGUAUCGAUGCCAUCCAUUUUGGAACCAAAAGUAUUGUCCGUCUCACGAAUACGAUAGAACCGCUCGUUGUUGUAGCUGCGAACGUUUGGAGUCGCGGGACGUGAGAUAUUACACGUUAGAAGAUGGGAGAAAUUUAUGUUUAGAAUGCAUGGAAACUGCUAUAACCGAUACUGGCGAUUGUCAACCACUUUACCAUGCGAUACGAGACUAUUACGAAGGAAUGUACAUGAAACUUGAGCAACAAAUCCCCAUGCUUCUUGUUCAACGAGAAGCUCUCAACGACGCUAUCGUCGGAGAGAAAAACGGAUACCAUCACAUGCCUGAGACAAGAGGCUUAUGUUUGUCUGAAGAACAAACAGUCACAAGUGUUCUUAAAAGACCGAGACUCGGCGCUCACCGUCUUGUUGGUAUGAGAACUCAGCCACAAAAGCUUACACGCAAAUGUGAAGUCACUGCGAUUCUCGUUCUUUACGGCCUCCCUAGAUUAUUAACCGGAGCAAUUCUUGCCCACGAGCUGAUGCAUGGAUGGCUACGGCUCCAAGGGUAUAGGAACCUUAACCCUGAGGUAGAGGAAGGUAUCUGCCAAGUCCUCUCUUACAUGUGGCUUGAAUCUGAAGUUCUCUCAGAUCCUUCUUCUUCCAGAAACAUGCCCUCAACAUCAACUGCCACCUCGUCAUCGUCGUCUUCUAACAAGAAAGGAGGGAAAUCAAACGUGGAGAAGAAACUUGGAGAGUUCUUUAAGCAUCAGAUAGCUCAUGACGCAUCUCCUGCUUACGGAGGAGGUUUCAGAGCAGCAAAUGCAGCGGUUUGUAAGUACGGUCUACGUCGUACACUUGAUCAUAUCCGCUUCACUGGAACUUUUCCUUUAUAAUUACCUUAUCAAUGACUGCAACAUUUAAUGUUCUGUUUUAUCAUUACACAAAGGGUUUGUUUUUAACUUCUAUAGAAUCUCAUAACAGACUUUGUCUCCCCUUGGAAUUUGAGUGAGGAGAUUUGUUGUUUGGAGGUU